AUGCCGACCCUCGGCUUCCUCAAGAAGAAACGUACAAAGGACUCGCAAGGGUCCGACUCCGCAGCGCCCACCUCGCCCGUCGCGGACAAGGCACAGCACGCUGCGGGCUCACCUCUCACACCAACCAUCUCAAAAGGUAGCACUCUGUUUACCGAGCCAGAGUCCACCAAACAGCAGCAGCAGCAGCAGGACACGCCAACGGGUAUGAACGCUCAAGCGGCCGGACAGCUGCAAGGGCAGAACCCGACCGCGAACACGCAGAAUGUACCCUCGAUCCAGCACCUGAUAAAUCAGCCGCAGUAUGGCGGCAACUCACAACCGCACGACUCCGGCUACUCCAGCACCACCGACGGCAGUACCGGUCAGAACGUGCCCAUGCUUAACCUACCUCAGCAGAAGCCAGUCGGAAAUGCAGUGAGAGAGACGAAAGGAAAGUAUACACUCAGUGACUUUCAGAUCAGCCGCACGCUAGGCACUGGAUCUUUCGGUAGAGUGCAUCUAGUGCAGAGCAAGCACAACCAGCGGUACUAUGCCGUGAAGGUGCUCAAGAAGGCGCAGGUUGUGAAGAUGAAGCAGGUCGAGCACACGAACGACGAACGGCGAAUGCUUCAACGAUGUAAGCAUCCGUUCCUGAUUACGCUAUGGGGUACAUGGCAAGACAGCAAGAACUUGUAUAUGGUCAUGGACUUCAUUGAGGGUGGCGAGCUGUUCAGUCUGCUGCGUAAAAGUCAGCGCUUUCCAAAUCCAGUAGCCAAGUUUUAUGCUGCCGAAGUCACACUAGCGCUGGACUACCUACACAGCAUGAAUAUCAUAUACCGCGAUCUCAAGCCAGAGAAUCUGUUACUUGACCGACACGGACAUCUCAAGAUCACCGACUUCGGCUUCGCGAAGGAGGUACCCGACAUCACCUGGACUCUCUGCGGUACACCCGACUACCUCGCGCCAGAAGUCGUAAGCAGCAAAGGCUACAAUAAAUCGGUCGACUGGUGGAGUCUUGGUAUCCUCAUCUUCGAGAUGUUGGCUGGCUUCACACCCUUCUGGGAUUCCGGCUCGCCACUCAAGAUCUACGAGAACAUCUUGAAAGGGCGCGUGAAGUACCCACCGUACAUUCAUCCAGAUGCACAGGAUCUGCUCAGCAAGCUCAUCACGUCCGACUUGACGAAGCGACUGGGUAACUUGCAUGGCGGCAGCAAGGACGUCAUGACGCACCCUUGGUUCGCGGAGGUGACGUGGGAUCGGUUGGCGAAGAAGGAUAUUGAUGCACCGUAUGUGCCGCCGGUGAGGGCUGGCGUCGGUGAUGCGAGUUUGUUUGACAAGUAUCCGGAGGAAACGGAGGCUUACGGUGCGGCUGGUGACGAUGCAUACGGCAAGCUGUUCCCAGAUUUCUAGGGAGCACUGGUCCACAAUGAAGGCGUUCGUCUAUGCCUGUCCUUCAAUCGGGAUACUGGAUUGCACGAUUCAACGCCGGAGGAAGUGCCUGGAGGCGACACGGAGCGCAUGUUAGAGAGGCAGAGAUGUGAUGGGCAACCAGUCGACCUGGGCCGUGGAGGACGUUGCAUUUGCAAAAAGCGAAUAGGUAACCUGUGUGGGGCAAGCGUUGGGUAGCGUACUGUAUUGGCAGGAUCCGUACAUCUACGUCUUACUAUGCCGAAGUAGUAUCGUAUGCACGCUUGUACGAAUGCCUUUACCAAGAUCAACUGACUCGACCAGAUUCCGCCUUUUUUGCAACCAUGUCAAAGGACAUAUCCAAUGGGGGCC